GAAGUCGGUGCCAGCCACUUCGCUGGGCGCUCGCUAGCUUUGACUCGCCGCUCGCUGGUGCUUAGGCGCAGUGUGUUGCGCCGGCAGUUUCGUUUGUUUCGCGGUGACACUGACCAGACAUGCGGGUGCACAGCAAUGUCCAGCGGUUCCAGUGUGGGCGUUGACGCACGUGCGCGGCAAUCUCCGUGGAUGCUAGCGCUGCACCCGCGAAACCCUGCGGAGUCGGCGCCCGCGAUGGUUCCCCCCGAAGACCACAUCGUCGGCUCGGGCGACGAGGUCGCUGCGGCGGAGUCUUCGGCGACCGUGGCCUCUCCCGUCGGCGUGACGUCCGAACGUUCGCGACGGUUCGUCGAGUAUGCGUCCGUCGGGAUACUGUUCUUCAUCAACCUCAUAAACUACAUGGACAGGUACACGGUAGCAGGAGUGCUGGACAAGGUCAUAGACUACUACAAUCUGAAGAACUCCCAAGGAGGACUGCUGCAGACAGUGUUUGUGAUAACGUACAUGCUAACAGCACCUGUGUUCGGCUACCUGGGUGAUCGCCACAGCCGUCGAGCCAUUAUGGCUGCCGGUGUCUUCUUCUGGAGUGCCACUACUCUUCUCGGUUCCAUACCACCAAAGGAGUUUGCGCUGUUUGCUGUGCUGCGCGCCCUGGUGGGCGUUGGGGAGGCCAGCUACUCCACUGUGGCCCCAACAGUCAUAGGGGACCUCUUCUCGGGACCACGCCGAAGCAAAAUGUUGGCGGUCUUCUACUUUGCCAUCCCCGUUGGCAGUGGUCUAGGCUACAUCGUUGGUGCGUCUAUGGCAGAGGCGCUGCAUGGAUGGUACUGGGCCCUGAGGGUGACCCCCGUGCUUGGCGCGCUGGCAGUGCUGCUGGUGUUGUUUGUAUUGCGCGAGCCUCUCCGGGGUGCCAGUGAAGGAGCCACCACCAUGGGCCCUUCUACGCUUAAGGAUGACCUGUUUUCCCUGGUUGCCAACCGCUCGUACAUCUGGUCCACCCUGGGCUUUACGUGCGUCACGUUUGCCACGGGUGCCCUGUCCUGGUGGGCAGCCAGCUACAUGACGCAUGCCCUCAUGCUCUACAGUCCGGAUGGCAAGGCUGAUGAAGGAAGAGUGAACCGCAUCUUUGGCAUCAUCACCACUUUGGCGGGCAUAGUGGGUGUGACCACGGGCAGCGCCCUGUCCUCGUACUUCCGCAAGUGGUCGGUGCGGGCCGACGCUCUCAUCUGCGGCGUGGGCAUGCUCAUCAGCGUGCCCUUGCUCUUUGUUGGUGCCAUCAUGGCACACCGCAUGCCUAAUGUCACCUGGGUGCUGUUCUUCUUUGGCAUGACAGCUAUCUGCCUCAACUGGUCUAUAGUUGCCGACAUUCUUCUGUACAUCCUUGUGCCUUCGCGGAGGGCCACUGGAGCUGCCUUCCAGAUCCUCACGUCACAUCUGCUGGGUGAUGCCAGCAGCCCAUAUUUAGUUGGCGUGCUGUACGACGCAAUCCUUGCUGGCCGGACAGACGUUUCAGCACACUACUUCAGCCUGCAGUACGCGUUGUUUCUGCCCGUAACUGUGCUGGUGCUGGGCAGCCUGUUCUUUGUCAUCCUCUCGUGGCACAUUGUGGCCGACAGGGAUCGCUGCACGGCGCUCACCCGAGAGAUGCUCAAGGGCUCGUCAUGCAUUGACGACCCCUUGGACUGCAGUGAUGAUGUCACCUCCUGCACUGUGCCCUUGCUGGAAGACAGAGUCGUGCGAAGGAAAGAGCGUGUGGACUGAUUAUGCGUUGCACGCCAACUUUGUGCAUCCAGUAGGAUGUGCGCUUGACCACGUGUGCCUCGUGACAGACUCACUUCGCACUCGGUACCAGCUCUUCGAGCACUUUAGGGAAUUGUGUGUCUUAGCUACCUGCUCUUCCUUUUUUUAAAGUUUAGGGGCAUUUCAGGUUCUUUAGUACUGUGGGAGUGUGCCUUGUUGUUUCUAUCGACUACGUUGACACUGGCAUUGGGGACUUUUACUCUUGAUGUUGGAGACCUUUCUGCAACGGACACCAUUUUUGAAAAAUUUACUAUUUUUCUAUGCGAUUCAUACUAUAUAACGUACAACUUUUAUGUUUGUGGGCGUGUUGUGUGGUGUACGUGUUCUUUGCUUCGCUAUUUCAAGCUCUGUAGUAGCUUAAUUUAACUAUUUUAACCCCCUCACACAAAGUUGCUCUGAGUGCUGGGAUCAUUCACAUUGCUAUACCCUUUCUUCAGCUUUGUGACGAUGGAAAGUAUUGUCCUGGACAAAUAAAACCCGAGUGGGAAAAAUUCAAAUCGGAAGCGGAAGUGCAGUGCCACAAAAUUGAGAUUGAGAUGUAAAAUGCGUCUGCCUGCAGGAUUGAAAUUUGAUGUGCUUUCUUUUUGUUCGAAAAAAUUAACUGCAGCCCUGAGCGUAAACUGCAUAAACAAAUUCCUGUGUGCAUUUUAUGCUUACAUUUGAAUAGACCUUGUCGUGUUUCAUUUGUGCGCUUCAGUGUGUUUUGGUUGUGUAAUUAUUUUAAAUUUUUCGUUUACCCAUGCCUCUUUAAAUACCAUAUUUACCCAAAUAUAGCAUGCCCCCCGCUCUAGCGUGCAUCCAAUUUUCACAAGUGCGCAGUAAAAAAGUAAAAGUGCACUUGCAUUUAAAAUGCCGCUGAUUCAUAAAUGAAAAAUAUAUUGUGACCCCCAUGUUUAUGAUCAGAAAAAACGAGACGUGCAGGAUUUCUCUUCACGGAGGGAAAUCUUUUUAACGAGCUUUUUCUUGUGAAAGCGACACAGUGUCUUUGCCAUAUAAGCUUUGUCGGCCACAGAUACCAAGUGCACAGGGGCUGUAUUCUCAAACAACCACUUCUUGAGACAUGUACCACUGUACCACUUUUGCGCGUCUGCAUUGGACUUGUUGCCCAACAAGUGUUCGUCUGACAGUGUUAUUGGCACCGAGCGCAGAUAGCAAGCUUGGUCCAGCGUGAGAAAUGCUGAUAACUGAUUAUGCCGACAUAUCCAUUGCGGAGCCACACGAAAUCUCGCGCAACUGAUAGCAUCUCUUAAAGUUAUUGGCUGACAGCAACCUUCAUAAAACAUGCUCUGUCGCCAUUUUGUGAUGGUGAUGGCGCUGCGUCCGAGGGCUCUGAUGGUCGGCUGUUGUCGCAGACGCAGUUCUGGUUUUGUAUCCAAUUGUAACGCAGAGGCAAUUUUCGAACCCAUUUUCUCAGAAAAAAGUUGCAUGUUUGAUUUGGGUAAAUACGGUAGUACAAAAAGAAAGAACAGCUCUGUGUGACCAUUUAGUGCCAUCCAAUUCAUGACUGAAGACAUGUCACAACUGCUUUGUCAAACAAGUCCGGUCCCCUGUUGGCAUCACAGCCUGUUGUACUUUUGCGUCUUGUCGUCCUCAUUGGCAUUGGUUGCUACGAUAGUAUUAUCACUCUUCUCAUCUCAUCAUGGCAAUAUCUAGAUAUCAUUUUGCCAUUUUGGAGAUUACUUGCCAGUUCUAGGCAUCCUUAAGUCUCAUGUCGAGGUACUCCAGCAGACAUGUUUUUCUUAAUUCACUUAUUUUUAUUUUACCUUAUAUUCUGUUCAUUUACAAAAUUGUGUCAAACACAAUAUAAAACUUUGUUUUCUCUAAAGUUUAUGUUAACAUCAACACCAAGUGUAGACUUGAAACUUCUUGCUAUAUUUAACAUUUAGCUUGCAUAAAAAAUGCACAAAAUUGAGCCAGUCUUCAGCUCCGUAUCAUAGUAUCAACUGUGUUCAUGACAUUCCAAGUGUUCAGCAUUUUAGCGAAUUUCCAACUAAACACCCAACAGAUUGGUUGGUUAGUGUAAAAAUAUGCUUUGGCAAAUGGCAGUUUCUUUAGCGAAUAUCACAUUAAUUUUUUGUAAGCACAUUUUCAACAGAUUCACGAUGGUAUAUUUAUGUGAUAGUGGACUCUUAUGCUUUGGCAGAAUCACAGCCGUGAUUGGCACUACUUUGAUAAUGUAGACUUGGAGGAUUGCAGCAGUGGAACUUGUGGAACACACACAUAGAAAAGGAACGAAUAGAUAUGGACGUAGCUGCACUUUCAACUAAUUUCUUUAUAAAGAAAUCAAUUGGCAGUGCAGCUAUGUCCAUUUCUGUUCGUUGCUUUUCUGUGUGUGUGUUCUACAGUUUCCACUGCUGCAAUCCUUGAAGAAUGAAUCAACUAGCUCAGUUAAGCACCCUUUUGAUAAUGUAGAUGUUGUUGUGCAGUGACCAUUAGCACACUCUGUUAAAUUUUAUUUUUAUUGGAAGUGGAUUGUUUGAAGGGGGUCCAAUAACUGCUUUCUUCCAUUUGCAUUGUUGCUACAGUAAUGACAUACUCAUCAUAAAAAGGCUUCCUGACUAGUCUUCAUCUUCUCUUUCUUUGAGGUUCACGAAAAUUUUUAGCAGAAUAGUAUAGUGAACUUCGGCUGCUGUCUUUGCAGAAUUUUUGCAAGAAAGAUAUGGCAGCAUUGCUUCUAAGGCAGCCAAGGUCAUGUGCGACAAUAACUUCUGGGCAUUUCUGUGAUAUAGGCAAACACCAUGAGGUAGUGCAGAAUAAUUGUCACAUUUGCCGUUUACCCUGACAGGACAAGUCGUUGUCAAACUCUCUGCUCCACAGGGGCCUUUCCUUGACAUGUAUGGUGACUACCACGCUUAUAAGUGUGCCUUAGGGAACAUACACUGCUUGUGAAAUCCAUUACUUCUGUGCCUUCUCAAGCAGACUCAGUCAGUGAACCUGUUGAUCAAAUUCCUCAUGUUGCCAAUUGCUUUGUACCAACAGCAUAUUGGUUUGGUUUUUUUUAGCUGUGCUAGAGCAUAGCACAAUUGCUAGUGCUUCCUUAACAGUGAGCCUAUUUGUUGCUGCAAGCGUGCACAGAGGUCAAUUUCAUAGUUUUGGGCGUUGAGUGUUACAGAAACACUAGCAAAUUUCAGUGACAUGUUAUUGCACAAAGGCAAAAUGUGACGUGAGAGCACUGUAGUUGAAGGGCCUUAAAUGAACAAAAAAGUAGUUGUAUGUUAGCAUGAGGAGUUUUGACGUUAAAAAGCCUCUGUGUUUGCAUUCGUGUCUAGUAGCAUUUAUGUGGAAUAUUGUGCAGGGCAGGGUAUUUCUUGCGGUCAUGGCAGCUAACUUGCAUGUAACAGUGAACUGAAGAGCAUCAGCGCAAUUGAGUCUGCAGAAUUGAUUCCAAUAGAAAUGCAAAAUAGUCUGAUGCAUAUAUGUAAAGUCAAGCGAGCUCAUAACAAGCUUCACCGUAAUGCAGAAUGCAUUCACUUUUAUCAUAAUUUUUCAGUAAUUAAAUAAUAUAUUUAUUUAUUGUACAGUCACUCACAAUGUAGUUUUGCACAAAAUGACUGAACUCGCAAGCUAGAGUUACAUGCAGCAGUUAAUUAUUGGUUGAAAGCACUACAAGAAAUGACUUCCUUGAAAGUAGGCCAAUAAAUAAGAUGAAAGUUUAGGUUGAAAAGUUUAUUUCUUGAAAGCAGAGCAGUAGGUGGAGUUUCAAGGUGGUUCAGAGCAGGCAGUUGCUCAUCACAUAGGCCUCCAGUGAAGACUCGCUGCUUGAAGGACAAUUUGUUAGCAUUUGUGUGUCUAAAUGUCUAAAGCACCCAGAGUCAGUGCCAGUUGGUCCUGUUGUUUGAUAUUAGCUAGAUGAGUGCAUAGCAGAUUUUAAUUUCAUUUAUUGUUUCUUCUCAAUACAAAGAUAUUCUGAAUUGUUGAGACAUUGUGAAGGCACUAAUUUAUUGAUGUCACAGAGCCAUCCAAUCAUUAGGAAGCAUGCAGUCACUUUAAUUUGAUAAGAAUGAAGCAACACUUCAAAUUUCAAUUCUCGAGGCUAUGUGAUUCAUAUUAAGUUCAUUAUGGGCUUUGCCAUUAUACCACUCGUUUGGAUCAUGUGCCAGUGUGCCUUGCACAAUAACACGAGCAAAAGAAGUUACCUUGAAAACAGCAGCACAGCAGAAUGUGUUAAUGGCCUUGGCGAGGGAGGUGCACUUGCGAGUUUAUUGUGAUGGAGUUAAUUUUAAAUCCACACUUGUUCGCCACAUCCUAGAAACCAUGCCAAAUCUUGCGUGCAAAGUCUGGCGUUUCUGGGGUCUCCAUUCAUAAUGUUUGAGUGGUCAUUUAAAACGUAUAAUUAUGAAGUGUCUUGAUUGUAUAAGUAACUUGGUGUAGUAUGAUAAUAUUCAAAUCUACUUUUAAUGUUUUAUAUAGACAAUACUUACAUUUGGACAAUGGUUUUGACAAUGUUUAUGUGGACUGCUAGCACAGGCCGAGUGCUCUCGCAGUUUUUUUGCUGAGUAGGACAGUGUAAAGGAGUGUAUUUAGCCCAAAGUUUUUACUAAAGUACUUUACUCAUGGUCUCCAGUUGCACUAGCCCUGGGUCUCGUGGCUCAUCAUGAACGCAAUCAUGUUCAUUCAUUAAAUGACUCUGACCUGCUGGAGCGACUGCUUCCACUGCAUGAGACAUCUAUGCCUGACAUCUCCAAAAACUUGGUGCAGUAGCUGCAUUUUUGUAACAUCCAUGUAUUGAAAUUUAAAUACAUCUUAUAGAACUCCAAAGGGCCAGAAUCAAUCUCGACACUUCCACUGCAGUGCCUCUGAAAGCACAGGCAUGUUUGUCCCAAGACAUUAAGCCACCAUUAAUCUACUAAGCAACUUGCAGCUGUGCCGAGUACAGAGUCCAUGAGGCACCCCUUGAAUGCUCGCACUAACCAAUUCUAACUGUGCAAAUAAGCAUGUCAUAUAAAACAUAGCGGGUGCGCAUCUGUACGAGUUUUUCUUGCAAGGCUGUUUUUCAUGAGUAUUAUACUGUUCACCGCCUCUAACCUUUUGGGCUUAUGUUCGGUGUUUACAUUUGCCUAGAUUGCUACUGUUAGGCAAUUGGGCUAAGUUUUUAGUGUUUAGAUAUUCUAAAUGUGCCAAGUUUUUAUGUGAAGUCAUAUGGAAUGAAGUCACACAACUGCCAGGGGGACUUCUUUUUUACCUUUUGUGGUUUGGCACAAUAAUUUCGUCCAUCAACUGUUGCAAACAGUCAGCUGGAGCUGAUAUCUCUCAUCACUGCUAACUUGCAAGCACAGUGUGCGUCUUUAAACUCAGCUGAGCGAGUCUUUAGCUUAGUCGUUAGAACAAUAGCAUUCAAGCAAUUGCCAAGCAUUUUCUUCUGCUGUGAAUUUUUACAGAAUGAACAAUGAUGCUUCAUGCUCAGGUCAGGAACCUUGUCUGCAGAACAAAGAAUUCAUAAAAUGGCUAGGGUAAACGAGUGCUGAAGAGAAAGCAAGAUUUUUUUAUAAGCAUGUAGCUUUUUAGAGCACUAUGCUUGUUUUUAUGCUUAAAACAGUACAUACUUCCUUGCAUAGAAAAUUUUGGGCAAACUUACAUUGUUGACAUUCAUGCCCAAGCUGCAGUGAACAAUAUUAUGAUGCCAUUACGUCAUAUUGUUUCAUGGUAUUUUCAUGUAUCUGGGUCCUUCUUGCGCAGGAGGUGUAAACUAAUGUCAAGAUCAGCUGUCUUUAAUUUUUUAAUGCUCUGUAAUUUUCAUUAACAAUUUUAGCACUUAUAAAACUCUACCCACAUUAUACCAUGUGUCACUUAGAAGUUGGGGUUGUCAUUGUCACCCAUCUUUCAUAUUUUGUCUCUCUUGUGAUGCACCAAGCCUGUACUUGCGAUGAGACUGAUGCAUCGGCAAUUCCAGGUCUGUAAUGUACCAACCUAGCUUAAAUUAGCUCUUCUCUUUAGUAAAGCUGAGUAAGCUCACCUUGCAGACCUGAAGUAUAAGUGCAUGUCACCUGUCAUGAGCAAGUGAUGACAGGUGACAACUUUGACAGCUUUAUUUAUUCCCAAACGUUUACUAGUACCAUUCACUUGUGCAGUUCUCUGAGUUGUACAGUGGGCCAUGUGCUGAGUUACUGGGCCUUUUUGAAACUUGCAGAGCUGCAGUGUAGAGGGAGUGAUCAUGAUGAUGAUGCCGGCACGUGGGAACUUUAGGGCCUCUCCAGGUCAUGCAGUGGUGGAAUUCCCACCACCAGGACCAUGCCAUGAGGACAGGGCUUAACCUUGCAUUUUUAAGGACAUAGCUUACAAGACUAUGUGCUCUUGUGAUGGACAAAGACAUGCAAAAGUUUGCUGGAUAGCAGUGAAAUUUGUGCUGUUCUCAAGUAAUCUUACCAUGAAUGACUUAAAAAGAUAGUUUUGGUUUUAUUUUGCACUGUGUUGUAAAGCAUUCGCUAGCCAAUAACACCUUUGGUUAGUUUCAACAAUGGGUGCACCCCAGCCUACAGCUCACUUUGUCGUUUACUCAUUUUUUACCCUUCUGUUGUACCUGUACUAGUGUGGGGAGCGUCUUUUCUUUUUUUCACUUCAGAAAUACAAUUUCUCUUAUAGCCAUGACUUUAGAUAUUAAUAAGCUGUGGCUGCCACUGGCAUGUCUAGCACAUGGAUUUUAGAUGUUUGAGGUACGAGGAUUAUGUACGUGCACAUAUUGCCAUAGCAGCAAGCUUUUCAGUUGCAUUGCUGGGCUCUGCUGAGGUAACUCCCAUUUGUUGUAAGCAGCAUAGAUUCUUUUGUGCAGUGCUUUGUUUUGUUGACAUCCAUCUUUAUUGCGAAUGGUUGCAUUGUCUGUGGUUGUUUACUUCGCCUUUUGGCCCACACUGAGUAAACACUUGAGUGAGUGGUCAUGCACUCGCAAAGUACUUGGCACAACAGACUCUAGUUCUGUCCUAGCACUGGUCUUGCCCCACCCGAUUCGAAGCACUCUCAUAUGCGUGCACAUAGAUGGCCUUCAAGGCCGUGGGUGAGAAUUAACUGAAGGAUGGAGAAGUGUCCAAGUUUUGUCGAAUAAAUCUGUCUGAACUGGG